AUGAAUAGAUACACAACCAUCAAGCAACUUGGGGAUGGAACCUAUGGUUCCGUCCUGCUGGGAAGAAGCAUUGAGUCUGGGGAACUGAUUGCUAUUAAAAAAAUGAAAAGAAAGUUUUAUUCCUGGGAAGAAUGCAUGAACCUUCGGGAAGUCAAGUCUUUAAAGAAGCUCAACCAUGCCAAUGUAGUAAAAUUAAAAGAAGUUAUCAGGGAAAAUGAUCAUCUUUAUUUUAUCUUUGAGUACAUGAAGGAGAAUCUUUACCAGCUCAUUAAAGAAAGAAAUAAGUUGUUUCCCGAGUCUGCUAUAAGAAAUAUCAUGUAUCAGAUAUUGCAAGGACUUGCAUUUAUUCACAAACACGGCUUUUUCCAUCGGGACUUAAAGCCAGAGAACCUCCUCUGUAUGGGACCCGAACUUGUGAAAAUUGCAGACUUUGGAUUGGCCCGAGAAAUCCGAUCAAGACCUCCAUACACAGACUAUGUGUCUACCAGAUGGUACCGGGCUCCGGAGGUGCUCCUGCGGUCCACCAGCUACAGCUCGCCCAUCGACAUCUGGGCCGUGGGCUGCAUCAUGGCAGAGGUGUACACGCUCCGGCCGCUCUUCCCCGGGGCCAGUGAGAUUGACACCAUCUUCAAAAUCUGCCAAGUACUGGGGACACCCAAAAAGACUGACUGGCCUGAAGGCUACCAACUGUCCAGUGCGAUGAACUUCCGCUGGCCCCAGUGUGUACCCAAUAACCUGAAGACCCUCAUUCCAAACGCCAGCAGCGAAGCAGUUCAGCUCCUGAGAGACAUGCUGCAGUGGGAUCCCAAGAAACGGCCGACAGCUAGUCAGGCUCUUCGAUAUCCUUACUUCCAGGUGGGGCACCCCCUGGGCAGCACCGCGCACAGCCUUCAGGAGUCAGGAAAAUCUCAGAAGGAUGUUCUGGAAAAGGCGGCCGCACCACCUCACGUAAAGCCGGUCCCUCCUGCCCAGCCCCCAGCCAAGCCACACACACGCAUUUCUUCCAGACAGCAUCAAGCCAGCCAGCCCCCUCAGCAUCUCGUGUACCCCUAUAAAGCCGAGGCUCCCAGGACAGACCACCUUCCGGAGGACAAGCCCAGCCCUUUGCUCUUGCCAUCCCUCCACUCCAAGCAUCCUCAGGCAAAAAUUCUCACUGGCCUGGAGCACAAAAAUGGUGAGAUCAAGCCAAAGAGUAGGAGAAGGUGGGGUCUCGUUUCCAGGUCAACGAAGGAUUCCGAUGACUGGGCUGACUUGGAUGACUCUGACUUCAGUCCAUCCUUCACCAGGAUUGACCUGAAAAACAAGAAAAGGCAGAGCGAUGAGACGCUGUGCAGGCAAGUAUUUGAGAGCAUCCUGGACCUGAAGCCCGCGGAGCCCGUGGGCACUGGAAACAGCGCCCCCACGCGGACGUCCUGUCCCCGGCGCGACACGCCCACCCUGAGGUCGGCGGCCAAGCAGCACUACCUGAAGCACUCUCGGUACCUCCCUGGAAUAAAUAUAAGAAACGGUGUACUCCCGAAUCCAGGCAAGGAUUUUAUUCCACCUAAUCCGUGGUCCAGUUCUGGUUUGUCUGGCAAAUCUUCAGGGACCGUAUCAGUGAUCAGCAAAAUAACUUCAGUUGGUUCUGGCUCUACAAGUUCUAGUGGACUGGCUGGAAACUAUAUCCCUUCCUUUCUGAAAAAAGAAAUCAGUUCUGCUCUGCAGAGGGUCCACUUGGCACCUAUUCCCGACCCUUCCCCGGGCUAUUCUUCCCUGAAGGCUGUGAGACCUCACCCUGGGCGACCGUUUUUCCACACCCAGCCUAGAAGCACUCCUGGGUUGCUGCCCCGGCCUCCAGCCGCCCAGCCAGUACAUGGCAGGACGGACUGGAUCGCUAAGUAUGCGUCUCGGCGAUAA